UAAAAUAAUGAGCUGCGUCAUAGUUUUUACGACAACAGCCGUUGUUUAUGAAGCUGCUCGGUACCAGCAAACAGAGUGCACAAGAAAUCUUGCUUUGCUUUCUGUUUUUCACUUCGCACAGUGUCGACAUUAUGACAUUUGUGUACUGUAAAUGCUUGUUUCUCUUCAGAGGUGACGCAAAUGUUGUGCGCCGCGCUGAGUCUCACUAGGAGGAUACGCGAAUAUUUGGCCAGGUAUCUGUCAUCCACAUGGGAAUGGGGGACAUGAAGACACCAGAUUUCGAUGACCUACUGGCAGCUUUUGACAUUCCAGAUAUUGAUACAAAUGAAGCUAUUCAGUCCGAUAAUGAUGGUAAUCAUAACGAACCAAGUGGUGCUACUGGAAAGGAGAGAAGUGGCAGUCCAAGCCUAAGACCAAUUGUUCCACCAGAAAGUCUGGACGAUGCUCCUUUAGCUUCUCAUAAUGACCCCCCUGUGGUCAGUGUGAUUGUCAAGAACAGCAUACUUCCUGAUCGAUAUACAGAAGCAGAUGUUGAUGACAAAAUGGAAGGGAAUGAGACUGGAAGUGACAGAGGUGUUGACAGAUCUCCGCAGCAGAGUGCCAGUGACGAUAGCUUGGUGCCUUUAGAUCCAUUAUCCAUCUAUAAUGGACUUAAGGCUGUCUCGGUUGGGAAUACAGAACCUCCUCCCUCUUUAACCCACAUGCAGCCCAGUAGACAACUUUGGUCCGCCUCUAAAGUUAACAGUGAGGUUACUGAUGACAACCAGGAUGACUCUUGUUCUAAACUAUCUGAUAGCACUUUCUCUCAAUUUCAGUCUUUAACCCCAUCGGCUCCCCCCAUCUUAUCUUCACAUUUAAUCGAUCCAAGCAAACUUGAUGGUGAAGAGGCACAGCAUUCAAUAUUGGCCUCAGCACAACCUUUAAAUGGCACUUUGAGGGCGGGAGUCCGACGGCGCUUAUCUGAGGAUGAAGAAUCUGAGCCAGACCUUGGCAGCCCUCCACUUAUUAUACAGGAGAGCCCGGAUUCCCAGCGGUGCUCAGCUCCCAAGGUUCCACGCAGGCACCAGUCUCCUCUAAAUGUAUUUCAACCCCAGUCUCCCUCUUCCCCAGCAUUACCAAUAAGUAACACUCAAGCAGAGGAGACAGCACCCUUUAUCCACCAUUCAGCACUACUUCAAAGCAAUCUCAGUGAGACCUCUGUGAAAAAUUCACGACCUGUUGAAGAAAAAGACCUGGAGCACAUAAUCGAGGAGAGGGAUUCUCCCGAGAGCCCUGAGCCGGAAAUCCUGCCUUGCCCUCAAAUGAGCUCCGUUUCAGAAAAACCUCAGGUUCAUACGUCUGUUUCCUCAAAUCCGCAGGGAAUAAAAGAGUCGGGACAAAGUAGUGAAAUUUCUGCACCUAUAGAUCAAGUUGUUGAGGAGGAGCAAGAGAAGAGCGACCAUCACAUUAACAUCAAGAAUAAUGGAGCUGAAGAAGCAAAUGUAAAAGCAAAGUUAAAAUCCACUAAUACUGUUAUAGAUUCUGUUUCUGAAAGUAUCACUGACUCCAGGAUGACACCAUCGAAGCCUCUCAAAGUCAGAAUCAAGACUGUCAAAACCCCUACUGGCAACAUAACACGUACUGUAUCAAAUGUGGGUCCCAAAGGAGCACCAGCUGGGGGCUCCAAGGGUCCUGAUGGCGCUAAAGUUUCAACAGGUGUUCGUAAACCAGUCCAGAGGCUUCAGAAAUCCAGUGCUGUUUCUCAGGCGAUGACAAUGUUGCCUGUGUCCACCCUCCAAGAUGCCAGCACAGCUAUGUUAUUUGCAGCUAGCAGGGCACAGAAUAAUAUGGCUGCCACUCUCUCCGCCACUGCGGUCAACAUCACCAAAACGUCAACCCUCCCCUCCGUCUCAACUCUAUCUGCAUCCUCAUCCAUGACAGGGAUGAACAUUCGCUCCUUGGGACAGAAAAUGAUGAAUGGGAACACUGGGACAGCUAAACCGGCGUCCAUUGUAAACAGUCCGGGAGCUGUAAUCUCACGCAGCCAGUCUAGCUUAGUUGAAGCCUUCAACAAAAUCCUAAACAGCAAGAAUCCAUUGCCAAGUUACCAGCCGGACCUCUCCACCCCUCCUCCACCAGAAUGGGGUCUUCGAUUGCCCUCCAAUGGAUAUCGCUGCUUGGAGUGCGGGGAUGCUUUCGCCUUAGAGCGCAGCUUGGCACGACAUUAUGAUCGACGCUCUAUGAGGAUUGAGGUGACUUGUAACCACUGCUCCAAACGACUUGCUUUCUUUAAUAAGUGUAGCCUGCUGCUUCAUGCACGAGAGCACAAGGAGAAGGGUCUGGUUAUGCAAUGUUCACACCUGGUCAUGAGUCCUGUCAGUGUGGAGCAGAUGAUCGGCCAACAGGAUACUGUACCCAUAGGUUUGCUCUGUACAUCCGCUUCAGGAUCUUCUUUCUUGCCUGCUGUUAAAGAAAGUGAUGUUCAACUUUCACAGUCUUCUGAUAACUGCUGUCCAGAGUGUCUGAGUCCAUUUAAAGGGAAGGCAGAAAUAGCAGCACACUUCCAAGAGGUCGAGUCUGGUGGCACUGACACUUGUUGCCAGAAGUGUUCUCCUCCAAUGCCUCUAUGGAAUACGUGCAGUGCUGCUGCUCAUCGCCGGUUACAUCAGCAGCUGCCUCCGCUGGUCUGCCCUGAAUGCGGUGUCACAUGUCAGCCUAACAACCUCAACACACACCUGAAUCAAUCCUGCAUGCACUACUCACGUCGCCUCGGAUACAGAUGUGCCUGCUGUCACUUGGUGUUUGGAGGUGUGAAUUGUCUAAAUGCUGUGAAGAAUCAUAUGCAGACGGCUCACUGUGAAGUCUUCCAUAAAUGCCCCUCUUGCCCCAUGGCUUUUAAAUCUGCCGCUGGUGCUGGAAGCCACUGCAUCAGCCAGCAUCCUGAACUCCCAGAGACAGCCAGGGAAUCCAAGGAGAUCUAUAAAUGCGUAAUGUGUCGGACGGUUUUCACCCAGAAAGCAUUGCUCACCGUCCACUUUGACACCCAUUUAGCCAAGCAGAAGAUGCACGUCUUUAAGUGUCCUGACUGUAACAAGCUCUUCACACAGAGAAAUUCACUUCUCGAGCACGUCAAGGUUUCUCACAGGGCCGCUAGCAUUCAGCAAUGUGAAGUAUCGGCACAGAGGAGCUUGGUAAAAAUGGACAGCUCUGAUGGAGAGGAGUGGGGACGGGACGACCAGGAGGACAGAGAAGGACUGAUGAAAGAAAGCAAGAACUCCAAUGCUACAGAUGUCCAGGGCUGGAGCUGCUCAAAGUGUGAGACACGCUACACGGAGAAAGAAAACUACAUCACGCAUAUGGCUGAGCAGCAUGGCAAGGAGCUGAAGAAGUUUCCAUGUACUCUUUGUGAGCGCUCCUUCUCUUCAUCUUCGAGUUUAAGACGUCACAUUCGUGUCAAACACAAAGGCAUCAAAAGAGCUUUUUAUUGCCAACUGUGCACAGGUGGGAAGAGGAGUUUUAGUAGUAAACUAAUUCUUGAGAAACAUAUGCAAGCUCAGCACAGUGGAGACAGAGGAGCAUCCACCCAGGCAGUACGUCAUGUAAAUGAUCCAGCUGACAGCUCUUCAGAACAGGAUGGUGGUCCUAGCACUUUGGGCAGGGCUUCAAUCGAUGCAGACAGCCGAUUGGCUGAGGCUGCAGGAGAGGAGCAGGAAGACGCAGGAUUUCGCUGCACGCCUUGUGGAUUUUCUACAGAAGACAAGGAGGAGUUUCUACAGCAUAUCACUUGUCACCGUGGUGAAGGAGGCAGCGCUUUUCAGUGUCAGCAGUGCGGGGCGUGUUUCGCGUCCACCUCCUCCCUGAGCAGGCAUCUCUUUAUCAGCCAUCGCGUGCGUGACGUCCCCUCUGACCGUCCCGAGGUGUCUCCUGGCGAUGGAUCGACUCCUGGGAACGUGGCAUCUGACCAUGCUGUUGUACCGGGGUCCCCAGGGUCACCAUCGAGUACAGGGGGGUCACAGGCAGAGGAUGGCGAAGGUAAGCACACCUGUAAGGUGUGUGGACGUUACUUUAACAAACCUGCUGAUCUUAACACACACUUUAGAACUCACGGCAUGGCCUUCAUCACCACAUGCAAAUCAGACAAACCAGCAUAGAAAAGAAUAGAGGGGGGAUAAAUAGACGAAAAAUUUAAUAGAAAGAGAAAAAAAUGUGUUUUUUAUGUUGUCACAUUAUUUUAAUGACGAUAAAGCAUGCCGUUCUCAUCAUAAAUAUAAAACUUCCUGUACUGUAUUUCAUUACUGUAAAAAUACAAACAUGUGGAUGGUGUUAACCAGUUUUUGUCAUUAAAGUAAUUUGACAAUGUUAAAAAUCCAAAUGAUCCUUUUAAUUGGCUAUUAUAUUUAUGCAAAUAUAUAUUUUAUAAAUAAAUCUUUGGGUGAAAUGUGGUCUUGACAUGACUCGUGAGAUUUACCUGAGAAAUACUAUGGUAGAGAUUAUUAAUACAGAGUCGGUAGACUAUAAAUAAAUGUUUAUCACAGGACAUUAAACCUGUAAAACUACAAAAUACACUGCAUCAGGCAAAACAUAAUUGCAAGAAUGUUUUACUUCAGUAACUUUAGUUGGUGAAAUAGAGGAGUGGUUGAGGAAAGGGCUGAGCCAAUGACGCUGAAGAUUCAUGUUUUUCUGAACGAAUGUAUUUAGAUGGUCAUAAACUUGUUUACCAGCCCUGCUAUAUUCAUGUGCCUACUGAUUUAAUUUUGCAAACAAAUAAUUGUACAGUCUAUUUUCUUGAAUUUAAAACAAAUGCAGCUUGUUAUAAAUACAAUACUGUAAUGACUAACAGUUUAGCACAGCCAAAUGCUUAUGAAUCAGGUGAUUUCUUUUUUAUGAAUAUUUUUGUAUGUUAGAUAUUUGUAAUUUUUUAUCUGUUUCCACAGAGGCAUUACAUCAGGAAACUUGCUAAAUUGUAAAGGUGAGCUUUAGAAUGAAAUAAGUGCCUUCUUAAUUUAGUUGGGAUUCAUUUUACUUCUCACAGGCCUGCAGAAAUUUACAAUAUGUUCAUUUAUUUGGAUGAAAUCUGUAUUGUGUGUAUGUGAGUGUGCCUGUGUAAGAGUUGGAAGAGCAUGAAAACAGAGAAAAUGAAAAAAGUUAUGCUAUUACGUUUUUGUUUUAUUGUUGACUUAUACAUUUUGUCUUUACAUUUUAAAGAUGAUUAAUAUAAUUUUGUUUUACUCUUGCCCUGUUUUUGCUGUCUCAAAUUUAUUGUGAGAUAAUAAAGAAAAACUGUAGCGCCUGAA